CGGCCGCCAUGUCAGCCCAGGGAGUGGCGGUGCUGCUGUCGUGGCUGAGCUGCUACGGCUGGGCCGUGUGGAGGUAUUCCACUAACAGCCCAAACUACCUCAUUUUUAGUACCAGAAGUACUAUUAAGUUAGAGUAUGAAGGAACAUUAUUUUCUGAGUGGAGUGUGCCAGCAACUUGUUCUGUGAAAAAUAAAAGCUCCCCCAAGACAGAACUGCGUUGUUCUUCUCCUGGUGUUCAGACUAUAAGACCACUUGUUAUUGGCCCAGAUUCAGAAGAAGAACGCAAUUUGUCUGUGGACAGUUCCCAUAUAUGUUUCCUGUGGUAUUUUAAAGUUAUAAAUUUCUUCCACAAUUUAACCCAGGUUAUUGUUAUAUGGAUAUAUGAUCCAGAAAAUGCAGACCCUGAAGAGUUGCUAUGGACGGCCCAGGAACCGUCACUAAAUUCUAUAGUACUUACCAAGCAGUUGGCCACUAUGGGAGAGAAGCCUGGCAUAUACACAACUCUGAAGAGAAAAACUUAUUUGCCACAUGACAAAAUGGAGAAUGGGACCUGGCGUAUUUUGGUACCAAUGACAUUAGAUGAUAUGCUAAAGGAGAUUAAAGGAAAUCAAGUGGCUUUUCAAGAUUGCUUUACUGCAGAUUUUCUUUUUGUGCUGGCCUUUCCUUUGAUGACAGUACCUGAGAUUCCUGGAUUUUUACCAAUCUCUUCACCACGUGGUAGUCAGUUAAUGGCAGCCUGGACUGCUUGUGUUCCUUCAUUUGUUGUUGUGGUUGCUGAUAUGGAGACCUUUCAAACAAAUGAUUCAUUCCACAGCUGGACCAGAGUCAGAGUGCCUCCAAACAUUUUGACUGACGAUGAAAGGCACAAUGUAUCUGAUGUGAGCCUAUCACGGGAUGGAAUAUUUUUUCUAAUAAAUGGCGUUCUUUACGUAAAAAGUUUUGCUGAGUUCAAAAGGCUGGGAGUAAGUGAAAAUCUUCCUGAUAGUGGAAUUAUUGGUAUUACAACAAGAAAAUGGUGUUGGAUCAACUAUUUAUUAAAGGGUAAAACAAGAAGUAGAGUGGCAACCUGGACAAAAAAUGAAGUUUAUCUUGGAUAUGAUUUUCUUAAAUUUGUCAAAAUAAUGACUACUGAAAAACUGAAAAAUUUUCUAAAUAUACCAUCAGCUGCUACGCUGACUAUACACAAUGUCGAGUAUCCAGGACACCCUUUGGAACUUGCCUUAUUUUUAAGUUACUGCACUACCUGUACGGUCAACAAAACGAUUUACUUGGUAAUAUACAACGAAGAUACAGAAGACUGUGUGAACCAAAACUUUGUGUUAGAUGUCCCUAUUGACAGUUUUUUAACUCCACAUUUUAUAUUCACAGCACUGCCAGGUUUAGUACUCUGGGACAAAUAUAGGAUCUACUAUUUUUAUCACAAUUUCACAGAGACUGGAGUUUUACAAACACCUACAGAAUUUGGAAAUUUGUCCAGAUUAGCACAUAACAGCAUUAUUCAUGAUAUUUUCAUAGAUUAUUAUGGAAAUAUUUUGGCAAAAAUGGAAAAUAACAUCAUGUUUUAUUUCAAGAUCAAUAUUAAAGAUGCAGUAAAACUACACUCAUGGACAAAUAGCACAGUUAAGUCAUUAAUUCUAUUGAGUACAUCUACUCAAAUAUAUUUCAUAUAUGUUUUUGAAAAUGCCACCGUACAGUCACAGGAAUAUCCUUUAAAACUGGAAACACAAAGUGUGAAUUUCUAUAUACAAGAAAACUGCCCCUACAUGGCAUUUCAUAAUAAUGUUUUUAGUGUUUUUCACUUUUUGGACAAGGGACAGAACCUGUCCUUUUGGGCUCAAAUAGUCUAUACAGAAAAUCUUGGUCUGUAUAUUAUUGUGGAAUCAUAUGGCCCAAAUAUAUUACAAGAAAUACAGAAAGUUCACUAUGAAGUCGCCCUAGGAUACUGUACUAAAACCACGACAGUCACAUUUUUUCAGAAUGUAAAUUAUGAGGCUGUAGAUGACUACUUCAAGUUGCAAGACGAGAACACGGGCCUUCGGCUUGUGCAGUUUCGGCCUAGUGAGUAUGCAAGAGCGUGUCCAACCGCCCAAAAGGUGUUCCAAAUAGCUGUUGGCUGUGAUUCCAGUAAAUACAUUGUUGUUAAAGGGUUUAAUAAAAAAGACUGUCUUCAGCAUGAUUUCUUUUACAUUAUUGAAAAGUCGUAUCUGAGGAAUCAGCCAUCUAAAAACUUGAGAGUAAAAUAUAAUUGGAAAAAAUAUGGCUGCCCACUGAGACUUGAUUUCGGAGAAAUGUUUCACCCUUUGAUUGAAUUACACAAUGGCAAUGGCUACAUCGAAGACGUGGAAGUAAACUUCAUCGUGUGGGAAAUACACGGCAGGAACGACUACAGCUUUAAUAACACCAUGAAGAAGAGUGGUUGUUUAAAUGAAGCCCAGACAUGGAAGUCAAUGACGAAGCUUAACCAGAACCUUCCACUUGAAGAAGCCUGGGGACCUGAGAACUAUAAACACUGUUUUUCUUAUGCUAUUGGAAAACCAGGAGACUUAAAUCAACCAUAUGAGAUAAUCAACAAGUCUAACUAUAACCAUUUAAUUUGGCCUGGGGACCAUUCUGGAAUGUAUGUGUUUCGUGUGAAGAUCCUGGAUCCAAACUAUAGUUUCUGUAACCUAACAGCUAUAUUUGCGAUAGAGACCUUCGGAAUGAUUCCCAGUCCAAGUGGCUACCUGGUUGCUGCCUUCCUCUUUAUCCUGAUGCUACUGUUCUUCAGUAUUCUAGUUUUGAGCUAUUUCCAUUAUAUGAGGAUUUAUAAACAAUAUCUUUAUGAGCCAAUUAAAAGAUAUGAUAGAAAACAAAAGGAUAAUUAGGAAAAAUGAAAGU